CACAGCUUGAAAAUAAAAUAUGUCCUUCAUCACAAGCCCUCACUGUCGCCGCCUGGCGGCAACCACCACAACCGCAACCGUAGACUGCCAUAAACAAGUCCGUUCAUGGCGGCUCCUUCGCACCAUCGUCCAACUUCUCAUCCCAUCUUGCUACUGUACACUCGUAGAUCCAAAUGAUAAUCAAGAAGACAAAUCUCACCGCCUAACCAAACCAAGAACCUCUUCCGCUACCACAAACUCCUCAUCUUUCACCGGAACAAUCUUUAGUUUCCACCAUGGCAAAGUAAACUUCUGCAUCCAAGCAACAAACUCCAAAACCCUAAAUCCAAUAAUCGUCCUUUUAGAACUCACCGUCCCUACCGAGGUAUUAGCCCGCGAAAUGCGAGGAGGCGUGCUAAGAAUUGCUCUUGAAUCAAACAAUAAGGAUGGGUAUGAUUCACAUCAAGAUUCUUCUUCUUUUCCUCUUCUUACGACACCUUUAUGGAACAUGUAUUGCAACGGUCGGAAAGUUGGUUUUGCCAUCAAACGAGAGCCUUCAAAAGCUGAGCUAGCCGCGUUGAAGGUGCUUACUCCGGUGACUGAAGGAGCCGGAGUUGUUAAUGGAGAAGAGAUCAACCGAGAUAAGAGUGAUCAUAUGAUGUACUUAAGAGCUAGUUUCAAACGAGUUUUUGGAUCGUUUGAUUCGGAAUCUUUUCAUCUCAUCGACCCACGUGGGAUUAUCGGACAAGAACUAAGUAUCUUCUUUCUCAGAUCGUCAAGACAAUGAUCUUGGAUCAUUGUGUUUACAGCAUGGACGUGCACUUACAUACAAUAUAUUGGGAUUAUUCGACUUUCUUGUGUUUUUGGUUCUUUUUUCUCGAAAAUAUUUUUUUAGCUAUGCUUAAUUAGAUGAAAAUGUAAUAAGCAUGGCGUUUGAUGCUCUCAAUUUUUGUAUGCAGUAGUGGUGCCCAUGUGUAUUCAUGUGUUUAUUGUUAUGCAAAGG